AUGUGGCCCUUUGGAGGGAGUCGUGCCUUGGCUUACUUUGCCGAUCCCAAGAAGAACGAAGACUACGACGAAGAGGAAGCGCACCACUUGCUUGGAAACGUCAUUGACAGUGACGACGAGCAAGCCCAGGCAGAUGCUCUCAGUCCUGACCAGAUCAAGAGAUUUCUGGAUGCUUCCAAGUCAAGCCGAGCAUCUAGCUCCUCAACCAGCUGGCAGCGCGAUGUGCGAACAGCGCCAGGAGCUGGUGACCAAACUGGUCUUACGAGCAGGUCAGCCGCCUGCGCAAAGCCCACGGCGAGGAGUGCUUCCACCUCCGCGCCGGGGGAGUACGACGAGCUCUUCGACGAGGAGCUUGAGGACGAGCCAGAGAACGUUGGUGCGAAGUUCCGGUAUCUUGCCAACAGCUCUGCUGCCGACGACGACAGCUUCAGCCCAGUAGAAACGGAUGGCAGAGGCUUGGGCUUUGGUGGUGCCAAGCCUCGUGCUGAUGCGCACUUCUCAAUGGCAGUCGGGACACUGGCUAAUCAGCUGAAGGGCAACAGUUCCUUGCUGUAUGAAGAGGAUGACGAAGACGAGGACGAGGCUGUUCUCUUCACACAUGACUGCACGGUCCCAGUCGCGAGCUUUCUCCACGGUGUUACAGCGAUUCUUCACCGCAGACAUGAUGCCGGCUUAGGAAGUGACUGGGAAACGCUUGGGCCAGGGCUGCCCCAUGACAAAGUCCGGGGAUCUCGAACAGCCGACUUCGUCAGAUUUGCACAGCUUCAGAGUGAAUUGAAGGCCAGCUGUGGCUGCAUCCUGGAAUUCACACGGCGAAACUUCCGUUCCCUCGCAGACCUCGCCCCAGAGUUCUCUGAGGUCUGCGCAGUGCUAGAGCAAGGCUCUGAGACCAAGCUUUGUGAUCUGGCGAGCCAUGUGCGGAACAUGGAGUCGCUGGUCCAGCGUAUUCAUGUGAAGGAGAAGCUACGAAUAGUGUUCAUAGGUCCACUCAAAGCUGGCAAGAGCACUCUCAUAAAUAUGCUGCUUUCAACGACAUUGGAUGAGUACGAGAUGAUGCUUCCAGUGGACAACAAGGCAGCAACCAGCUGCAUCUGGAAGGUGGAGUCGUGUUCGGGUGCAAAAGCAUGCGUUUUUCUCAAUCAAGAGCUUCAAGAAGAAUGGAACCUGGAGGGUGUAGAGGCCAAGGACAUCCGCGCCGACAUCGCUAGCUUUCUGGAACGACAUUUCUCCAGGGAUGCCAAUCCUAUGAAUCGAGGAGAGAUCUCCAUCCUUCUCCCUCUGCAGCUGCUGAACCCUUUCGGCUGCCACUACAGCUUAGUCGACACACCUGGCUUCACGGAGAGCUCUGAGUACCGAGAGCUGGUGUCGAGUUAUUUGCAGGAUCAUUCCCACAUUGCCUGCAUGGUGUGCCCACUCACAGAGGGGACUGCACUACCAGAGGAGACUCAAAGUAUGCUCAGGCUAAAUUCGUACAGCAAGACCUUUUGGGUGCUGACACGUUUUGAUAUGGCGCUGAUGCUAAAGACGGGCAAGCAGCGCUUGAGUAAGAUGUCGAACCGCCAAGUUGCUGACAGCUUGGUUGUAAAAUUCCAGAAGGAUAUCAACGGUAAGGGCAGCACUGCUCGAGUUUUCCGUCAUGCAGCUGGCCUAAUGCUGGAUCCAGAUGAUGGCAUCAACAAGCUCUUGCAAGAGCAUCUUCCCCUGGAGGAGGCCAAAACUUGGAUCGCAGACAUACAAGCUCAUGUCAAGGAAUGCUUCAUGGCAAUGCAGCAAGAACAGACAGUGCUCAGCUCCCAGGCACAGCAAGCUAUGGUACGAACAGCUGAACUGAUGGAUGUCUACACAGACAGGGUCAAGUCGUCCCAAGGCACUGUCGCACUGAGCGACUUCUACGCGUGUGAGAUGGAAACAGCAGCCGAAGAUGCGGCAGCCUGCCUUGAGCGUGAAAUUAAGCAAGAAGUCGAUACCUUGCGUGCCAAGAGAUUGGGUGAGCUUUGUAACCUGGCAAGCCAGGAAGUGCUGGAAGAAGGUGGACGAAUCGGGAAAGUCACGUGGGUUCGUCACAGCUACAUCGAGCGCGUGCUUGCCUUGCUCGCUCCCAAGAUUGAGCAUGAGCUCGAGGCGCGUCUUGGUGAGGCGAUGCAGCGAGCACACGAGAAGACACUGGAAGUGGCCUUGCGGCUCUUGCGUGAAGCUGGUCUCGAUGGGCUUCAAGGUGCUAACAUUAACAGUCAGAGCGAGAUCAUUCGACCGGAGACGGAUCACCUUCGCGGACGCUACCCGGUCGAGUCUGUCACCAUGUUGACCGGCGCAACGUUUCUGGCUGGCCGCGCUGCAGCCACCGAAGCCGGUGCGGCUGUGCUGAGCAGUUUGGGUGUCAGCUUCACUUCUUUGCAACUCGUUGGCCUUGUCAGCUCUGCGAUCGGAGCCAUUGCAGUCCUCGGAUUCACAACGAAGUAUGCCCUUGAAGUACACCCGUUCUGGUACUAUGAGACAGCGCAGGCUGAACUGAUCGAGGACAUCAAGCGCACAAACCACUGGAAUAUCCUGACGCAGGCGUGCAUUGCCCGGUCGAGAUCACAGCUUCUGUCCAAUGCCGCGAGAUUCCGCUUUAAAUUCAGUGAGCUGCUGUUAACGCAAGGAGCAUCAAAAGAAGCCCUGCACACUUUGUUCCCAGAUUUACCUCUGCUGGAGAAGAUCCGUGCAAAACUGGCUGAAUGUUGCCACCAUGUGCAGAGGUUUAUGGAGGCCGAGAGUUUGACGUCCCGCGCGGGUCAGGAUGUCGUGUCCUGCUGCACCUGGCGCAUCUCCAGAAUGUGGGCCAAAAUCAUCAGUCAAACCAGUGUCUAUGUCGGUGAGAAUUCCCGGACAGACACAAUUGAUGGUUUCACACUGGCUCGCUUGCUGUGCUUUCGGACGGAAGCGCUUAUGAGAACGAACUGCUUCCAAGAGGCCAGCCACACAAUCGCUAUCUUCAAGAAGACUUUUCCGGCCUUGCUGCUUCCUGUUGUCUACGGGGCUGCAGUCGACGUCCUCUUAUCAUAUUAUGAGGACAAGCGCACAUUGGAGCCCAUCGAAGCGCAAGUGGGCUACUGCACAACGGAGCUUGCGGGACUGCAAGACCACGAAGAGGUACCUUGCUUGGUGAAGAUAUGGUACCUGGCCGUGGUCUCGUCUUUCUCACCUUCUGAUGGCGGACUGGCCAGGGAACUGAAGCUGCUACCGGAAGCAAUCACAUUUUGGAUGCAGCAGGAGAUGCGCCCACCAUGCUUCGCGAGUGUUGUGAAGCAGAAGGUCACCCUUGUUAAGGAGCUUUCCAGCUCCUUGACCAUCUCGCAGUCAGAUCCUAAACUGCAGGAAGAGGAGAUCAAGAAGGUCUUCCAAGAACAAUGUGAACAGUUCAUCAGUGACCUGGUCGACUCCGUUCAUGUCCUGCUGGAGGCUCUGCCGUCUGAGCACCUCAACAUGAGCAGAUUGGCCCGCUCGAUUCUGAAGCAUGUGCUGGCCACUGUAAAGGCUUGCCUCGAAACCCAGCCGGAGCCCUUCCCCGAAGGGGCUUAUAGGAACUUCUUGUCCAGCCUUUGCCCUGUAGAUAAAAGCAGCGCUGCCGAGCUUUCAGACGAAUGGGUCGCAGGUCCAGUGGUCCUGCCAUCUUCGCCUCCAGCUUUUUUGCCGGACCUCGGCACCGGACAUGGAGCCGGAGCCUCCUUCGACACAGCUUUCAGGGCACCGAGAUCUGAGGCCAUUCCCGCGCGUGCAUCAAAGGACGUCAAUGUUCUUCCGGCUCCGCUGCUUGCCUCGCCUGUCUCCUGGGAUGCUGCCAGCAGCAUCGUGCUAGAAGGCGACGGCGAAGGAAGCUUCAUCAAAGAGGUUCCCGAAGCGACUGCUGUGGCCGGGUGA